AUGGUUAAAGACGAAUCUAAUGACUUUGUAAUAUCUGAGAAUUUGGAAUAUGACUUAAUAGUUAUCGGAGCAGGAAUUGUUGGAUGUGCGACUGCAUUCACAUUUGGAAAACAAGGAAGAAAAGUUUUACUUAUUGAAAGAGAUAUGAGUGAACCUGAUCGCAUUGUUGGAGAAUUACUUCAACCUGGUGGUGUUGCUGCCUUGGAAAAACUUGGAUUGAAAGAUUGCUUGGAGAAUAUUGAUUCAAUUCCUUGUUAUGGUUAUGGAGUAUUUUAUAAAAAUGAAUGUGUACAUGUACCUUAUCCAAAGAUCAAGAACAAUAUUUCCUAUCAAGGUAGAAGCUUUCAUCAUGGUAGAUUUAUAAUGAAUCUUCGAAGAGCUGUAUCUAAAGUUUCAAAGGUUGUGAGUAGGGCCUUCUUGGCACCUUUGACAAUUGUAGCUGAUGGAUGCUUUUCUAAGUUUAGAAAAAAUUUUAUUCAUAGAGAGAUUCAAGUAAAAUCUAACUUUAUCGGAACACAUGAAACACGAGUUUUAAUUGAUAUUCCUGGACAACUUCCGAGUAAUAGAAAUGGAGAAUUGAAGACGUCAAUUGAAAAUAAUUAUUUACCAUAUAUUCCCACAACUUUGCAAAAACCAUUUUAUGAUGCAUUACAGACAGAACGUCUUAGAUCUAUGCCAAAUAGUUUCUUGCCACCUUCCACAAACGUUACUGAAGGAUUGAUCAUUUUAGGAGAUGCCAUGAAUAUGAGACAUCCAUUGACAGGAGGUGGAAUGACAGUUGGAUUUAAGGAUGUUUUAUUACUUUCUAAACUUUUAUCUUACGAACAAGUGCCCGAUUUCAAUGAUACCGGACUUAUUUUAGCACAAAUGCAAGAAUUUCAUUGGAAAAGGAAAUUCUAUGGUACCACUGUAAUAAAUAUUCUUGCUCAAGCUUUACAUGCUUUGUUUGCCGCAGAUGAGGAUAUAUUACGUGAUGCAUGUGUUAAAUACUUUAAACUUGGUGGUAUUUUUACUGAUCAUCCAUGUGGAUUACUGGCUGGAGUAUUUCCAAAUCCAUUCCUAUUAAUAACACAUUUCUUUGCUGUUGCCAUCUAUGGGAUAUGGAAAUUAUUUACAGAUGGAACGGUUUCUCAGAUUCCUGUAAAUAUUAUUAAAAGUUUUAUGGUGAUUUAUACAGCAUGUGUUGUUAUUUUUCCUUAUUUGUGGUGCGAGGUUAAGUUUUGA